GACGUUAAAGUGUUUUGGGGACUCAGUUUUUCGCAUUUUCGCCAUGGGUCGCGUUCUAUUCGGGAGGUUGUCCCUGUGUUUGGUCGUCCUGGUGGCCGCCUCGAUCCAGGCGGCCGUGGUUCGUGAGUUCCCGCCUUUCGAGCAAUUCCAGCGCUUGGAAAAUCCCAAUCAGCGAGUGGUUCCUCUCGCCGACGAUCCCAACUACCGGCUGCCUAACGAAACGAUUCCCGUGGAGUACGAUGUUACCCUGACCACUAAUGUCCACACCGGCGACACUCAUUUCACGGGCGUUGUUGCCAUCACCGUGAGUGUCCUGACCAAGACUUCAAGCAUUGUGAUCCAUGCCCGCCAGCUGGAGAACUUCACGGCCACCGCCCAGCAGCUUAAUGUCGAAAAUGCCGAAUUGCACACCUUGACCAGUACGUACGAGGAAGAACGAGAGUUCCUUACUCUCUUGAAGACUGGGCUGGAGUUCCCAGAAGACACCACCUGGCUGGUGACCAUCAACUACGAGGGCAACCUACGUACGGACAAUGGCGGCUUCUACCUGUCCACCUACACUGACGACGAAGGCAACACCAAAUAUCUGGCCACCACCCAGUUCGAGAGCACCGACGCUCGCCACGCCUUCCCCUGCUACGAUGAGCCCUCCAAACGUGCCAACUUUACCAUCACCAUUAAGCACGAUCCCUCCUACAAUGCCAUCAGCAACAUGCCUGUAAACGAGACUACAUCCAGUUCUGGAGUGACCUCCUUCCAGAAGACCGUGAACAUGCCCUCCUACCUAGUGGCCUUCAUCGUCUCCCAGUUCGUGUACACCGAAGGCGAAUUCAACAAACUGACCCAGCGCGUGUACUCCAGAGAGGGAACCCUGGGCGACCAGGAGUGGGCCCUGACUAACGGCAUGUUGGUGGAGAAGCGUCUUUCCGACUACUUUGGUGUGCCCUUCCAGCUACCCAAGUUGGACCAGGCUGGCAUUCCCGACUUUGCCGCCGGAGCCAUGGAGAACUGGGGUCUGGCCACCUACCGCGAGGAGUAUCUGCUCUACAACCCCGAGAACUCCACCAUUAACACUCAGACCAACAUUGCCACUAUUGAGUCCCAUGAGGAUGCCCACAUGUGGUUCGGCGAUCUGGUAGCCAUCGAGUGGUGGAGCUACCUGUGGCUGAAGGAGGGCUUUGCCACUCUAUUCGAGAACCUGGCUGUGGAUCUGGCCUAUCCCGAGUGGGACAUCUUCCAGACCUUCCAUGCCGGCUCCUACCAAAGCGCUCUGGUAUACGAUGCCAGUGCCAGUGCCCGUCCCAUGAGCUACUUCGUCCAGAAGCCUUCCGAAAUCGCCCUGCUUUAUGACUCUGUGUCCUAUGCCAAGGCAGGAUCCGUGUUGAACAUGUGGCGUCAUGCCCUCACCAACAAAGUGUUCCAGCGUGGUCUUCACAACUAUCUUGUGGACAACCAAUACACUGCUGCCAAUCCCUCCAAACUCUUCGACGGUAUAGCCAAGGCCGCCGUUGAGGAGAACUAUGCCGUUCCAGCCACCAUUGCUGAGAUGAUGGGCAGCUGGUCCAACCAGGGCGGAGUUCCUCUUCUGACUGUAACUCGUAAUUACCAGAAUGGAUCCUUCACCAUUCGGCAGGAGGUCUACACCAACGACAAGGACUAUACCAACGAUAAGCUGUGGUACGUGCCGGUGAACUAUGCUGAUGCCUCGAAAUCGGACUUCCGCAACACCGAAGCCACCCACUACUUGCUGAACCAGAGAGAGAUCACCGUGAACGCCAGCCUGGACAACGCCAACUGGCUUCUCCUGAACAAGAAGCAAGUAUUCUACUACCGUGUCAACUACGAUGAGACCAACUGGCAGCUGCUGAUUGACUUCCUGCUGGCGCGCCCUCACAAGAUCGCUCCCGAGAACCGCGCCCAGUUGAUCAACGACCUGUACCGCUUCGCUACCAGUGGCCGCGUGUCCCAUUCUACGCUGCUGCAGCUGCUGACCUAUCUGCCCAAGGAGGAUCAGUACUCGCCCUGGUCGGCGGCCAACACAGUGAUCACCCUCUUUAACCGCUACCUGAGCGGCGACGCCUCGUACUCCAACUUCCAGUUCUACGUAAGCCAGUUGGUCAGCGAACAGUUCGACAAGUUCGGAGUACUUGAUCUGACUGGAGAGCAGCACCUGGUUAAGUACACACGAAACAUUCUGAUCAACAUCGCUUGCCUGGCCGGAGUGGAGAGCUGCCUGGCAGAGACCACGGCCAAGCUGGAGGCUCUUGUGGAUCAGGGUACCGUCAUCGAACCGAACUUGCAGUCGCAGGUAUACUGCAACGGCUUGAAGAAGGCCGACGACAGAGUCUUCGACUUUGUCUUCAAAAAGCUGAUCGACUCUAACGACCAAGCCGAGCGCCGGCUCCUGAUCUCCUCCCUGGGCUGCUCCCAGAGCACCACCCAGCUCGAGAAGUUCCUGAACAGCAGUAUUGACGAUAGCCUGCGCACCCAAGAGAGAAUCACUGUGCUUAGCCCAGUGUACUCCCGAGGCGAGGUGGGUCUUCUGGCCGCCAUCGACUUCCUAGAUAAGAACUGGGAGGCCUACGGCCAGCUGAACUCAGGAUUUGGUGGAGUAAACCCUCUGUAUAGUGACAUUCUGGGCAUCUCUGCCUAUGCUGUUUCUGCUGACCAGCAACAGGCAGUGCAGAAUCUAGUCGAAAAGGUCAAGGACAGCGAGUACGUUCCGAGCACGCUGCAGGCCAGCGUGGAGGCCAACUUCAAGGCAAACAAUGACUGGCUCACCGCCAACAAGGAGCCCCUGGUGUCCUGGAUGGCCGGAUACCGUACCGGCGGUAGCUCCGCCCUGAAUGCCUCCCUGCUGGCCACCGUCCUGUGCUUCCUGGCCGCCAAGCUGAUCUAGAUCCAUACCUAGCGUCCUCUAAGUUAGUCAUAGUUAUUUGCUCUUGUGCCACAAUAAAUUUCAAAAAAUACUUUAAACCUGUUAAA